AUGCCAAGUCUAAGCAUUACAUCAAUUUAUGGGGAAUACGUCAUUAACGUUCCAGAAACAUUUGGUUCAGUCUACUCUAUAGCAAAUCAAGUUGAAGAGAUAUCUGGCAUUCCAAAUGAGCUUCAAGAAUAUUAUCACUUAGGGGAAGAAGUGUACAAUUAUGAUACAAGAACUAUGGAUUUGCAAAACCCUCUUCAGCUUGUUAGAACUUAUGAUUUAGAUCCGCGUAAUAUUAGGUUUCGAUGCUCCGAAGAAAUCUGCCGUAUUGUGAUUAAUGUAUAUGAUAAGACAAAGGCUAUAUCUGUCCAUAAUGGCGAGCCCAUUAGACUAUUAUGCCUUUACGUUAGGGAUAAUUUUAGAAUUCCAAUUAGAAAACAGAAUUGGUUCUAUGAGGAUAGGUAUAUACGACCUGCAAAAUCCGGUGAAUAUAUUGAUAUCAAGCGGAUUAAUCUAAUUAAAGUUGUUGAGGAUGUACGUGGGGGAGGUCCGCCAACGUUAGAAAUUGACUUUAAUGACUUGGAAAAAAUAAUAGAAAUUGGGUUUAGUGAAACUGCCCCUCCAUGGAGGUAUGUCAGUAAAGGCCUCUCUUUUAUCGGCAUAUGCAAAAAUGAGAAUUGUGCAGCUUUUAAUAAGAAGGUUAUCUCAUGCCAUGGAUUUGGAAUAUUUUCUUUGGCCUCAGUACCCUCGCGUUGCCCUGUGGAAGGUUGCAAAAUGUAUAUUGAGCCUGAUAAUUGUGGCUUUUGGUUUGCAAAAUGAAAAUUUAGAGGCUUGACAGACAAGAGAGAAGUAAAAACAGGUGAAGGAACCGCCGGUUAUGAUAAAUUUACAACUUUUGAAGAAGGAAAUAGCACUAAAUGGAGAGAAUUAAAAUUUGAAGUGAUAUCUCUAUGAUAA